AUGGAUCGUGGUCGUGAUGUAUGUGUCGACUUCACAGGGUCUUCUCCUUUGACACAGACAAGGCUAUUUGACCUUGUUCCGAGACGGGUUGUGGAUGAUGCGGCUCAUCGGAAGCGGCCAUUUGGUCAAGUACCAGCUCUUGAAGAUGGAUAUGUCAAGCUAUUUGAGUCAAGGGCCAUUACAAAAUACAUAGCAUACAACUAUGAAAGCAAGGGAACUCCUCUUGUGUACAACAAAGGAAAGGAAAUGGCCGACCUAGUUGUUUGGAUAGAAGUCGAGGCUCACCAAUUUGAUCCAGUAGCCUAUAAACUCGCUUGGGAGCUUGAUUUCAAGAGCACGUUCGGCCUACAAACUGACAACGCUGUAGUUGAAGAGAACGAAGCUAAGUUAGUUAAGAUCCUUGAUGUCUACGAGGCUCGUUUGUCUAAGUCCAAGUGUUUGGCUGGUGAUUCCUUCACUUUGGCUGAUCUUCAUCACUUGCCUACCCUGCAUUACGUGCUCGGUACUAAAGAGAAGAAGUUGUUCGAUGAACGCCCUCAUGUGAGCGCUUGGAGCAAGGAUAUCUUGGCUAGGCCUUCUUGGGGAAAGUCCUUGGCCUUGCAGAAACAAACUUAAUGCAUGCUAUAAUAU